UAACAGUCUCAACGACAGAGGGAGGAGCUGCUUCAGUACUCUUCGGAAACCACAAGAAAACACCUCAGAAACAUUCACAAAGGCACUCCGCAGCCAGCCCCAGUGCUCCCAGAGCUACCCAAGUCUUUGCUAGAAAGCCCCCACGUGGACCACUGUCAUGGCCGAAAACAACACAGCUCUUUAUGGUGUCACAACUGCCUGGAACUCUGGGGUGAGCCAGUCUGCUUGGCACAACACGACAAACAACUCCUCCUGCGGCUGGCCGCAGGAAUGGAACUGGCUGCUCGAAAUCCAGCCAGUGUUCCUCUGGUUUCUUGCCACGGUGGGAAUUGUGGAGAACAUCUUUGUCCUCAGUGUCUUUUGCUUCCACAAGAGCCGCUGCACAGUGGCCGAAGUUUACUUGGCAAACUUAGCAGCCGCUGACCUCCUCCUCCUCUGUGGUUUGCCUUUCUGGGCAAUCACGAUAAGCAAUAACUUCCAUUGGGUGUUUGGGCUGCCCCUCUGCAAAGCCGUCAAUGCCAUCGUUUCUAUGAACUUCUACUCCAGCAUUUACUUCCUGGUGAUGGUGAGCAUUGAUCGCUACCUGGCCUUGGUGAAAACAAUGUCUCUGGGACGCCUGCGCCGGCCUUCUUGUGCAAAGUGGAACUGCCUCGCCAUUUGGGUCUCUGCGCUGUUCUUGAGCUCUCCUGCUCUCCUCUUUAGAUCGUUCAACUAUGACGAAGAAAACAAUGUCACCGCCUGCGUUCUGAAAUAUCCAUCAGUUGUGCAAUGGACAGUGAUCACAAACACUUUGCUGAACACAGUGGGCUUUUUGAUGCCUCUCUGCAUCAUAACCUACUGCACAUCGCAAAUCAUCCAUGCUUUACAAAACAGCACGUUUCAAAAGAUCAGAGCUAUCCAGACAGAGAAAAAAGCCACUACCUUGGUUCUCUUUGUCCUUCUUCUCUUCAUUGUCUGCUGGCUUCCUUUCCAGAUCACCACGUUCUUGGAUACGUUGGUUCACACUGGGGUUAUUCUUGAUUGUGAGGCUGAACAAGCCAAUGACGUGGCUAGCCAGAUCGCCGCCUACUGCAGCUUCAGCAACAGCUGCCUUAACCCAAUUUUGUUUGUCCUGGUAGGCAAACACUUCCGAAGGAAAUCCAAGGAGGUCUACUGUGGAAUGCUCCAGAGAAGACCUAGUGCAGCACCAUCCAUCCAGACAGUGACAACCCUGGAAACUCUCCGAACAUCCUUUUCAGUCGAAAACCACCGGAAAAAGUCUGCUGUUAAUUUGCGAUAGCGCCACUUGCUUGUUACCAUAAGGAAAAAACACACAUAAAAUGUUGAAUGUAGCAGGCUUAAACAGAGGGUUUGAUAUGGUGCCCACAUUUUGAACCAGGUGGAUUAAUUCAUUGCUGAGGAAACUUUGGAGAAAACAGAUAUCAGAUGUAAAGUUUACAUUGACACCUGCUCCAGCCAAUGAAUGAAUGCUAUUUUUAUUUCUAGGACUGAAUUCUGUAUACAUAUACAUUUGCACUUCCAGGAGCGAUCUGUCUUGGGCCUUCUUCUAUCAUUUGAACUUGUGCAAUUGCACAAGGGAGUGAUUUCGGUGUGUCAUUGAUCCAAAUCUUGGUCCUUGGUGCUAUCCUGCUUCUCUUGGUACCUACACUAUUCAGAUCUGCAACACAGAGACCUCAUUCAGAUGAGAUAUUUGUGCAGGGGAAAAUAUGCAUGGCUAUUAUUGAAAUGAGAUUCUAGGGCUCAUUCAAAGAACAGCACCCCAUUGCUCCUGGCUGGGAGAGUUAUAGACAGCAAAAAGCCCCAGAAGUGUAUCUUGGUGCAAAGUUAGGACAUUCUGUCCUGAUACACCCCAUGCUUUUGUCCUGGGACAUUUGCACAUUUGUGCCAUGGACACGGCAGCCAUUGACUGCUGCAGGAGUGGGGGGACCUGUAGCACUUAUUAUAUUGUUGGAUUCAAAAUCCCCUUAGUCCCAGCUAGAUUAGGCAAUGGUCAGGGGUGUUGUAGUUCAACAACCACAAAAGAUUGCCUCCUCUAUACAGAUGAAAAGCUGAGUUCACAGAAAUGCACCAGUGAAUCAAGACCAGUUUCUCCUCCGUAAGUUCCUUGUAACAUGGGGGAAAGGAUAUAGAGUAGGGGAUAAGAGAGUCAACUGAUUAAAAUAUUGCACCCACUGACAACGUGGAAUUAGGCAAGCCACAAUUCUCUUCAUCAUAGUCCUGUUCCCCAUUCACCCCAUCUAAAAUAUGAGGAUAAUAAGCUGCCCUGUCUUACAGGGUUGAUCUGAGAGAAUGUAUGGGGAAUGCUUUGCCAUUUCUGAAGUGCUAUGUAGAUGGCAAUUGUCACAUGCCACGCCAGUCUCUGUGAGAAAUCCCACAGGUUCCAGGUGAGGGAUUAGCCAAAGUUGAGUUUCCUUGUAAUGAGGGAUUACACACAUUGUGGUGUAUUUAGGAUAUAUGAUUUAUUUGCACACAUGUAUAACCUGAGCCUAAGGUGGAGGGGCUCACAGCAUUAACUCCCCAAAAGGUUUUGCUUCUCCCAUAGUCAAAGCCUAGGAAUUAAACACAAAUCAAGCAUGGCUCUGGCUCAGCUUCUCAGGCUGCAGCCUGCUCUCAGCUCAGCUCAGCCACAACUCUGGCUCUUCAAAACAAAACAAAACAAAACAGGGCAAGUGCAUUUUAAAAUCGCAUAGGAUUUUAGACACAAGCUGAACUUCAAAAUAAACGAGAAUGUUCUCCAAAAUGUGCAUAUGUACGAUUAUAUCAUCAGGACAUUUGCUGUGUGGUAUUGUAAAAUACGUUCUUCUACAAAAUAAAACUCUUGUGCAGCUUAAA